CCUCUUGAAUGUGCGUUUUCGAUUUUAAGAUGAAGUUAUAUAUAAAAAUAAUAACCUUGUGAGUUAAUAUGUCGCUGUUCAGAUGAACGUUACGUUAAAUUUGCGACAUAUAGCAUGUUUGCUAUCCUCGGUGAUGUGUGGUGAUCUGUGGCUACCUAAAGGCCUUUGAGAGAAGACUGACAGAAUAUGUCUCCUGUUUGCAACCUGCUACAGGCAGGUGGAGAAUGAUUCUGAUAGUGGUGUCAGUCUGUACGGCAACUGGGGCUUGGAACUGGUUAAUAGAUCCCGACACGCAGAAGGUACGCAUCAGUGAACAAGCCACCCAAACAGUCACAUGUAUGCAGAGCAAAGCAGAUGAUGGGGUCUCUUUCCUAUCGUCACUUUGGAACCAUCCGUUCUUUACCAUCAGCUGCAUCACCUUAAUAGCUUUGUUUUUUGCUGGAAUCCACAAACGAGUUGUGGCACCAUCGAUAAUUGCUGCCCGCUGCCGCACGGUUUUAGCAGAAUACAACAUGUCUUGUGAUGACACUGGAAAACUCAUUCUCAAACCCCGACCCAACAUCCAGUAACUACAUACGAUGACUCAAAGUUUGGAUCAACUCUCAACGUUUCAAUUUCUCCAAGCUGGCUGAAGAGCACUGAGGUGGAAUUUGUCGACGCAAAGCAAAGAAUGAGUUUUUUAAAUUAUGGCCCUGUGUGGAGUUGAAGCUGCUGAAAUGCUCACAUCAUCUUCAAUGUAUUUUAGUCCUUCAAUGUGAGUGCAGAUGUGUUUAUUUCGAUUUCUGUUAUGUAUUUUAUCUGACUAUUUGUAUUUUAAAAAUUAUUUACCUAAUAAAUGCACUAUGUGUGAAUUA